GCAGUGGCAGCGGCGCGAAGGAGGCGCAGCCCGGCGGACCCGGCUCCGCUGCCCGUCGGCGAUCUCCCCGCGGAGGUUGGGGACCUGCUGCGGGGUGAUGGAGGAGCAUGGGUACCCUUCCUAUAGUGCCCGCAGCCCCGCUUGGGAGGAGCUGGAGUCCGGGAAGAUGGCCGGGGCCGAGUCGGGGACGAGCGGCGCUGGGAUCCCGCAGCAGCCCCAGCCUCAACCCCCGGCGGCGGCGGCGGGGCCGGCGGACGACUCGUCGGACAGCGAAGGGGAGCACGAGGGCCCCCAGAAACUCAUCCGGAAAGUGUCCACCUCGGGCCAGAUCCGCAGCAAGACAAGUAUAAAAGAAGGAUUACUACUGAAGCAAACCAGCUCUUUUCAAAGGUGGAAGAAGCGUUAUUUCAAACUUCGAGGUCGUACACUUUAUUAUGCUAAGGAUUCAAAGUCUCUAAUAUUUGAUGAAGUUGACCUGUCAGAUGCAAGCGUAGCUGAAUCGAGCACAAAAAAUGUCAACAACAGCUUCACGAUAAUCACUCCAUUUAGGAGGCUAAUAUUGUGUGCUGAGAACAGAAAAGAAAUGGAGGACUGGAUAAGCUCUCUGAAGUCUGUUCAGUCCAGAGAACACUAUGAGACCGCACAGUUUAAUGUGGAACAUUUCUCAGGGAUGCAUAACUGGUAUGCCUGCUCCCAUGCCCGACCUACCUUCUGUAACGUGUGUAGAGAGAGCCUCUCUGGAGUCACUUCUCACGGCCUGUCUUGUGAAGUGUGUAAGUUUAAAGCACAUAAAAGAUGUGCUGUCCGAGCAACAAAUAACUGCAAAUGGACCACAUUAGCCUCAAUUGGAAAAGACAUCAUUGAAGAUGAAGAUGGCAUAGCUAUGCCUCACCAGUGGUUAGAGGGUAAUCUGCCCGUCAGUGCCAAAUGUGCAGUCUGUGACAAGACUUGUGGCAGUGUUUUACGCCUGCAAGAUUGGAAGUGCCUUUGGUGUAAAGCUAUGGUUCACACUGCCUGUAAAGAUCUCUAUCCUCGUAAAUGUCCACUUGGCCAAUGUAAGGUAUCGAUCAUACCUCCAACAGCACUAAACAGUAUAGAUUCCGAUGGUUUCUGGAAAGCCACAUGCCCGCCAUCCUGUGCCAGUCCUCUUUUAGUUUUUGUUAACUCAAAGAGUGGAGACAAUCAGGGAGUAAAGUUUCUUCGUCGAUUCAAACAGUCGUUAAAUCCAGCUCAGGUGUUCGAUUUAAUGAAUGGAGGACCUCACUUAGGUUUGCGGUUAUUUCAGAAGUUUGACAACUUCAGGAUUCUUGUGUGUGGUGGCGAUGGAAGCGUGGGUUGGGUCUUGUCAGAAAUUGAUAAGCUCAGCUUGCACAAGCAGUGUCAGUUAGGAGUGUUACCCCUUGGUACCGGAAACGACCUUGCUCGUGUCCUUGGUUGGGGAGGAUCCUGUGAUGAUGAUACGCAGCUUCCUCAGAUUUUGGAAAAACUAGAACGAGCCAGCACGAAAAUGUUAGACAGGUGGAGUAUAAUGUCAUAUGAACUGAAAUUACCAGCAAAGCCUUCUAUUCUUCCAAUGUCUGCAGAAGAGUCAGAGGAGUGCCAGAUAUCUGCUUAUGAGGACUCAGUUGCUGCUCAUCUUGCAAAAAUUCUCAAUUCUGAUCAGCACUCAGUUGUCAUAUCAUCUGCCAAAAUAUUAUGUGAAACUGUAAAGGACUUUGUUGCCAAAAUAGGGAAGACUUACGAAAAACCAAUGGAAAAUGCAGAGGAAGCUGAUGCCAUGGCCAUUAAAUGCUCAGAAUUAAAUGAGAAGCUAGACCUAUUGCUCCAGGCACUUCACACAGAAGCCCAGGCUGAUCCCAUUCUCCCAGGCAUUGCUCCCCCCAUUGUGGAAGAAGAAGCAGAGGAGUUUUCAAGUGAAGAAUCCUUUUCUGAAAGUAAAGAGCAGUUAGUGGAGUGUGUCUCAAAGUCUUCCACCCAGAAACUCUUCAAAUCGAGGGAACAGUUAAUGCUUCGAGCAAACAGCUUGAAGAAGGCUGUGAGGCAGAUCAUUGAACAAGCAGAAAAAGUUGUGGAUGAGCAGAAUGCUCACAGCGAAGAACAAGUGAAUCAAUCUCCAGUAGAAUACAGCAAAGAAUUGGAUGAAUCCAAGGAAGAGGAAAAAGAGGAAGAUACAAAGGAACUUGAGUCCCCAUCAACUAAAACCGCACCAAGAUCUCCCGAUCGACGCACAAGCCGAGGUAUCCAUUCUCAGACAGGUUCCUUCUCUGCUCCAGCUUUGGCUACAAGCAAGGAAAACCUCCCAGUACUUAACACGAGGAUUAUCUGCCCAGGUUUGAGGGCUGGUCUAGCUGCUUCCAUUGCAGGAAGUUCAAUUAUUAGCAAAAUGUUGCUAGCAAACAUCGAUCCAUUUGGUGCUACGCCGUUUAUUGACCCGGAUCCAGAUUCCCUGGAGGGAUAUUCAGAAAAAUGUGUCAUGAACAACUACUUUGGAAUUGGGUUAGAUGCAAAAAUUUCACUAGAAUUUAAUAACAAGCGAGAAGAACACCCUGAAAAGUGCAGAAGUCGGACGAAAAACAUGAUGUGGUAUGGAGUUCUUGGCACAAAAGAGCUACUGCAGAGAACUUACAAGAACUUAGAACAAAAAGUUCAACUUGAGUGUGAUGGACAGUACAUCCCUCUUCCAAGCCUGCAGGGCAUAGCUGUGCUAAACAUUCCCAGCUAUGCUGGUGGAACUAAUUUCUGGGGUGGAACCAAAGAAGAUGAUAUAUUUGGGGCUCCAUCGUUUGAUGAUAAAAUCUUAGAAGUUGUUGCAGUAUUUGGCAGCAUGCAGAUGGCAGUCUCAAGAGUCAUCAAACUGCAGCACCAUAGGAUCGCUCAGUGUCGGUCAGUAAAGAUCACCAUACUUGGUGAUGAAGGGGUUCCAGUGCAAGUCGAUGGAGAGGCAUGGAUCCAGCCCCCAGGAGUUAUUAAGAUCAUACAUAAAAACAGAGCUCAGAUGCUAACACGAGACAGAGCCUUUGAAAACACCCUGAAGUCUUGGGAAGACAAACAGAAGUAUGAUUCCUGUAAACCUGUCAUUCGAUCUCCCUUGUACCCUCAGCAAGCUGUUGAGUUGGCUACAGAUGAAGAAGUUGCACAGAUCCAGCUGUGCUCACAAGCUGCAGAAGAACUUAUUACCAGGAUCUGUGAAGCAGCAAAAAUACAUGGCCUCUUGGAGCAGGAGCUUGCUCAUGCUGUUAAUGCAUGUUCACAUGCAUUAAAUAAAGCCAACCCAAGGUUUCCUGAGAGCCUUACCAGAAACACUGCCAUGGAGAUAGCUGUCAAUGUGAAGGCCUUGCAUAAUGAAACGGAAUCUCUGCUGGUAGGAAGAGUUCCUUUGCAGUUAGAAGCUCCCCAUGAAGAACUGUUGUCUGAUGCUUUGCACAGUGUGGAAAUAGAGUUGCGAAAACUUGCUGAGAUUCCUUGGCUUUAUUAUGUUUUUCAACCAAAUGAUGAUGAGGAUCCCCCUCUGGAUUAUACUAAAAGAAACAACAGAAGUACAGUGUUUCGUAUAGUGCCAAAGUUUAAAAAAGAAAAAGUUCAGAAGCAUAAGAGCAGCUCUCAGCCUGUUCAAAAAUGGGGCACAGAUGAAGUUGCUGCUUGGCUGGAUCUGCUCAGUUUGGGAGAGUACAAAGAAAUCUUCAUCAGCCAUGACAUCCGAGGCUCUGAGCUUUUACAUCUGGAAAGGCGAGAUCUUAAGGACCUGGGGAUAACGAAAGUGGGUCAUAUGAAGCGAAUUCUCCAGGGAAUUAAAGAGCUCGGCAAGAACACCCCUUUGUCUGAAGUGUAAUUAUGCUGGUGCUUUCCUUAGAGGGAGAAGGGAAAGUUGCUGGAGAAGCAGAGCUGUUGCAGGCACUUAGCUGUCUUUUUAGUUUACUCUAUGGAAGAAGAAGCACUGGUGUUUGUACAGGUUAGCAUCUCUGAAUUCUUGUGUGGUGAAGAACUUGCUGCAAGAGUAUGAAAGGAUUUGUGCCAAAAUAAAAAAAAAAAGGAAAAGAUGAUAUGUUCUGCGAAGACAUUUUCUUGAUGUGCAGAUUGGCCAGUUUGGAUAAGCCCAGUUUGGUAAAUCGAUUGGUUGGUGGUGAACUGCACUGACUGGAAAAUAUAAUCAAGAAAUGAUUGCUUUGCUUACAUGCAGCUCAGUAUGCCUCUCUUUAUGCUGCAGCAAGAUGCCACUGUACAGCAUGAGGUCAUCCAGUUAUCCUUCCGAGGCACAGCUUCGUAAAACCUCCUGUGCAGGAGACCAAGAGGUUUUGAAGGUUCAACACGUGUGCCUGGCAGUGCCGCAGGUAUCCAGCACUUGCUGGCCACACAGAAGGGAGAAGACACCUUGUGAUACCAUGAAUGCAAACUAUAAUGCAUGGUGUGCCUGCCUGAAUUGUCUGUUGUUCUGUUGCAUGACACAUCUGAUACUUUAAACACUUGAACAACUUUUAUAUCAGUUUGAAUGAGAUUUAAUUUAUUACUACUUGAGUGUCUUUAUUUUAUUUUUUUUUUCAGUUUCAGGCACUUUCUAUUCCUCAGUGUUGUGUUUUGCCUAAAAUGUGUUCUACGGCAAAGGGUGUGGAAACUUAGCAUUUAUGCCAUAUUCAGCAGAUUAUAUAUGAUUGAAAUACUGUACAGUUAGAUUUUUAAAUAUAUCAUGUACAGAAGGUUUAUCAGGUAACUAACUUAUGAGAAUUUUUGAAAGACCGGUACCUCACAAAAAUAUCAAUUGGCUUCCUGCAUGGAAAAUGAUAAUAAAUUUUCUCAUGGUGCAUUUUAAUAUAGUUAUUCAGUUGUCUUAAACAUCUGUAGCAUAUUUGAACUUUUAGGCACUAAUGGUUUUAUUUACUGUAUUGUUCAAAAAGCAGGUUAAAAGACUAAUGAAAUUUUUUACCAGAAAAUUUAAUUUUAUUUAUCAUACAUACAAAGAGAUUUAAAAUGUAGCAGCUGAUUUGAUUUUUGUGGGGUAAGCUUUUACUCAUUACUAAUUAACUAUUAAUUUAAAAACACAUCUGUGCAUUUCUUUAAAAAGGCAUCAGUUUGUUUCUUGACAGCACUCCUACAUCAGUAGACCAUAAAAAAAUUAGGAAAAUCCGAACUCUUAAGGUUUUACACUAUGCAUGCUAAGAUGAAUCACAUGUAAGACAGUAAUCCAUGAGAGUAAACAGCUUAAAAAAAUGAAAACAAUGUUUGUUUAGAAAUUGCGCUAGACCAGAGUUUGUAAGGUUAUUUACAGUUUACUUAAAUGAAACAUAGGUUCAUAAUUGAAUUUCCUGGUUAAUUUUUCACAGAAGUAUUAAUCCAGUAGAAAAAUAAUUUUCAGAUAUCUCCAAAAAAAAUCCUACUUAGAUUUUUGAGGUGAGAUGACAUUGCACCACCUGACAGAAAAGUUGCACAGAAUUGCUGUCUCCUUGCUGUUCCUAGCAAUGUGUCAUUUCAGCACAAGGAGCACACUUGACUUUUACUUAAUUGAGUAGCUUUAAUGUUUCUUGCACGUUAAAGAGUAUCUUAAUAUCUAUGUCUGUUUUCCUCAUGAGUAAUGUUUCAUUUGUUUUUUGCCAAAGCUUAUUUCCUCUGUAUAAAGGGGCCAAUGUCAAGUACUGCAUCCUGGUUUUGCCCUCCACUUCUCAUGCAAAUGCUUAGACUUGGUCCUUGGCAAGUAGACAGGACCCAUCCCCUGGAAAGUAAAAUCUAGUCUCCUCAUUGUUUUAUGGGAAAAAAAAUCAAAAGGAGCAAAACAGGCUUAAUUUAUAUCCAACUGUAUUUUUUUGUGCUCUUGCUGCUGUAGGUUCAGCAGGCACCACUCUGGGAUCUCUGUGUAUAUAACUAUUCUGGUAAACAAACAAAAGUAAAAAGCUAUGUUCUGUUAUGUUUUCCAUAAAAAACAAACCAAAAUGCUUUUGCCAAAUGAUAUGAUUUUCAUGGUGUUGUAUGAAAAUCAUAUGCAAAAAAUGGAAAGUUAUGUAAACGAUGGCAAGUUUGUGGGGGGUUUUUUUGUUUGGGUUUUUUUUGUUGGUUUUUUUUAUUUUGAUGUACUUGAUAUUCACCCAUUUAAGGAUGUUCAGAUGUCAUCUGUCAAGUCUUCAUGAGUUUUAUUUCCUUUUCUCUUUGGUUCUCCAUAUGCUUACUGUAUUUUAAUGUGUGGCAGCAUUCUAGUAUAUUGACGUUACAGUAGACUACGUAGUUAAUCUUCCUGGUCAAUUCAAGGACAUAAUAUAUAGAAGAACUUCCUUUGCUUUCCUGAUUGUAGGAUGUGAUUUCUUUACAACUUUCAGCCUUGCUAUGUGCAAUGCAUUAAGACAGGCUAUGGAACAGGAUCUCUUCAGGUCACUGUAGAAGUGUAUGCUGAGUAUCUUAAAAAAUGGGAGCUGCUUUUAGGCAAGGAAAAUGGGCAAAUGUUGUUUGUAACAACUUUCUUAUGACACUCCUCAAAUUACCUCAGUAUAGGACAACUGAUCAAUGAUCUAUGUAUAGUUCAUUUUUCUAAAUGACCACCAAAGAAUUUAACUUUGAUUGUCCUAAGCAGGUCUUUUUUAAUGCAUGAGUAGAAAAAAAAAAACUGCAUCAUUUAUGCUGUAUUUAUUAGAUGCCCAGGAGAGCAAAUUUUAUGCAACUCUAUGCCUUAGACUUGUGUUGGCUAUGAAGUGCAAAUGCAUCUGACAGGGAGGCUCAAAAUAUUUAAUGGGGGUUCUCUGCUGAGGUCAUGGAUUUUAAUUGUGUUUUCUAAAGACACAACUGUGGCUUUUCUAAAGACACAGUGUUACUCUCUCAUGAUUAUUCUAAUUUCCAAGUAUUGGGUUUUUUCCCUACUGCUGUAAAAGUUCCAGCUCCUAGAACUAAGAACAUAAAUAGCUACAUAUUUUAAUGAACGGUAUUCUUUCUAAUUUAAUCUUGAUGUUAAAAAUGCUUCAAAGCAUGCAUCCCAGUAUUUCAACAGAACUAAGGUAAACACAUCCCUAAAAGCAGUUAGUUGUUUAGAAAACAAGUUAUCAUAAUAGAUCUUGUGAAGCCUGAUUUAGCAUGCUAGAUUUAUGAAGACUAUCACUAUACAAAGUUUACUGGGUGAAAUUUUUUUCCUGCUAGGUAAAUACAUGUGAUUUAUGUGGUCAGUCAGCAUAUGUUAAAAUAUGAAAGGAAUACAGAGUAAUCUGAAUUUUUUUGGAGUGGAUGAUGAUAUUCAUAUAGAUGAAAAGCUCAACAUCUCAGAGAGGGGAAGAUGAGAAAUGCAUGUUUUAAAAUGGCAGCAGGUUACAAAAUGCAUGUUUCUGUUUUGUCAUUUUCAAAUAGUAUUUUCCCAGUUCACUGGAUUCAAUUGCCGUAGCAACUUCUGAUUUGGGUCAUGCAAAUUUUGCCUUUGUAAUGCCUAAUACCUUCUUCUUAGAAAUGGAAUGAAGUCAAGCAAACUUGUGGUUGUAGGUGUUGGGGAUUUUUUACAAUACUUUAAAGAAAAACAAAAAUUAGUUUUUCUUAUAUAAUGGG